UAUAUCACUAAAAUGAAGGCACUUAUUCUUGUUGGAGGUUUUGGUACUCGUCUUAGACCUCUUACACUUACUCUUCCAAAACCACUUGUUGAGUUUGCUAAUAAGCCCAUGAUUCUUCAUCAAAUUGAAAACUUGGCCAAAGCUGGUGUAACAGAUAUUGUAUUGGCUGUCAAUUAUCGUCCUGAAAUCAUGGUAGCAGCCUUAAAAGAAUAUGAAAAAGAAUAUGGUGUGACGAUUACAUUUUCAGUUGAAACAGAGCCAUUAGGUACAGCAGGCCCAUUAGCUUUAGCACGCGAUAUCCUUGCCAAGGAUGAUUCUCCAUUUUUUGUCUUGAAUAGUGAUGUUAUUUGUGAUUAUCCAUUUGAACAAUUAAGAGACUUUCAUUUAUCACACGGAGGCGAAGGUACUAUUACAGUCACUAAAGUAGAUGAUCCAUCCAAAUACGGUGUUGUUGUAAAUAAACCUGGAUCUUCAUUAAUUGAACGUUUUGUUGAAAAGCCUAAAGAAUUUAUUUCAAACAAAAUCAAUGCUGGCAUGUAUAUUUUAAAUCCUUCUGUCCUGAACCGUAUUGAAUUAAAACCUACUUCAAUUGAAAAAGAAGUCUUUCCUUAUAUAGCUCAGGAAGGCCAAUUACAUACAUUUGAUCUUGAAGGAUUUUGGAUGGAUGUAGGACAACCCAAAGAUUUCCUUACAGGAACCUGUCUUUAUCUUUCUCAUUUAAAUAAAAAAUCAACCGAACAACUAUGCAAUAAGGAGUAUGUUUAUAAGGGUAAUGUGAUGGUACAUCCAACAGCCAAGAUAGGUAAGGAUUGUCGUAUUGGUCCUAAUGUCGUUAUUGGUCCCAACGUGGUUAUUGGUGAUGGUGUUCGUCUUCAACGUUGUGUUUUAUUAGAAGGGGUUAAAGUGAAAGAUUUUGCUUGGGUUAAUUCAAGUAUUAUUGGCUGGCAUUCAUCCAUUGGUCGUUGGUCACGCAUUGAAGGUUGUUCUGUCUUGGGUGAUGAUGUUACUGUCAAUGAUGAAAUUUAUAUCAAUGGUGGUUCUAUUUUACCACAUAAAGGUAUUUCUUCAAAUAUUACAGAACCUAAAAUUAUCAUGUAAAAAAAAAAAAAAAACACCUUUUUACCCUUCUUCUUCCUCUUUAAUAAUUGCUAUCUACCUUAAUAAUUUAUUCCUCUCUCUCUCUCUCUCUCUCUCUCCUUUCUUGUCACUUAUAUGCAUC